CGUUCAUAAAUGUUAAAUGCACGGUACAUUUUAUCAUUAUUAAUUUAUUUGCAUUUGUAAUUUAUAAAUUAAAAUAUUCCUGAUGAAUUUCUUUAUUGUGUGAAGAAAUCCUUUUCUUAGUUAAUAAGUUUUAAUUUAAGAAAUCACAGUAGUAUUCACUUGUAUGUUAUCUUACGUCAAGAACAAGUAUUGUUGUAAACGAAGUGUUUUCUGAAUAAGAACUAACAACUUGAUAAAUUUAUUAUUGAUAUAAAUGAAUAGUGAAAAGAGAAAUGGUCGUGGGAGAGGUAGAGGUCGGGGUCGAGGAAGAGGCAGAGGCCGAGGAAGGGGGCGAGGGAAGAAAGUACCCAAAGUUAUGUCCUCCGAUGAAGAGGAAUGUUCAAUGGAAGAAAGUGUCCAAGAGCAGGAAGAACCUGUUAAUGAGGAGCCUCAAAGAGAAGAAAUUGAGCAAAAUGAGCCACCUAAAUUGGAAGUUCCAUCAGAUAUAUCUCAAUUGGAAGCACCAGUGUUUACGACAAUCCAAAGAGGACCACCUGAACCAAUGCUGAGGCUGGAAUGGAACCACAGGGCUAACCUGAUUGGAGAGAAAGUUCUCAAUCCUAUGAUCUACUGUUGUGAUAUAUGCUCUAAGCCAAUACUUAUCUAUGGCAGAAUGAUACCAUGUAAGCAUGUGUUUUGUUUAACAUGUGCAAGAGCUGAUCAUACACACUGUCCUAGAUGUAGAGAAAAGGUUCUUAGAGUGGAGCAAACAGGUUUGGGCACAGUGUUUAUGUGUACACAUUCUGGAACUCGAUAUGGCAAUACAGGUUGUAGAAGGACAUAUUUAUCACAGAGAGAUCUGCAAGCACACAUAAAUCAUCGACAUGUUUCAAGCGGAGGCAGUGAGAGUAAGCAGGAACUGGAACACACCAUGGCUUCAGUUCCUAUUGUCAAACCAUUGUCGGUGGGCAGUGCGGGAGACCCUCGCGGUCACUCUCACGCGGGAGCUGACCGCGGCCGGCCUCGCACCAACCUCAUUACAGUGCCCAUACACGACCAGACGGAGCAGCAUAACUACUACAACUACUAUCAGAGCCCGCAGCCCGUGCCUGCGCCCGCCGUGGCCGUACUUCACAACAUGAGCGUGCCUCCUCCCGCGCCCUACUACGCGCCGCCUUACUCGACAGCAGCGUACGUCGCGCCAGUUGCGGCAAUGACAACAAAUGUUGCUGGUGUAUCUCCCAUGGGCACUGCAGUAGGGAUGCCUCCUGCAAUACCUGAGGGCUCCCGAUGGCCGGAGUACCAGCAACCCAAUGUGCAAUCGUGGCCUCCACAAUCACAGCAUUACUACAGAUAGCAUUCAGACGAAUACUAUUACUGAGUAAUUCACAACUUCACCGUGAGUUAUGGAGGUGUCAGAACUGUUUCAUAGAAAUGAAAAAUGUCUGUCAGUUAAUGGCAAUACAAAAUUGAAGGUCAAUCAUACAAAAGACUGUGACAUUACUUGUGAAAUUGUUACCUCAACAUGCCUUACUUCGUAAUUGUACAUUUUUUGUAUAAAAUCAAGCAUAUUGAUUGUUAUUUGAGACUACAACAGGCACAUCCUGGUUUGUGAUAAGUUUAGUGAGUGACAAUAGCUAUGUGAUUGAACUAUGAAAGUAUAUAUAUAAAUGAUAUGUU